CAUACGUCUUCUCCUUUGUUGACAGAAGUUAUUGCAGGCUUCGGUAAACCAGGAAAUGAAAUCCCGCGUAGUCUCGGCGUUAACGAGAUUAAUGGCAGCCUCCAUGGUCAACGGAGGAAGAGAAUUUUAGGCGAGGUGUCGGACUUUUGUAUCUAGGAUUAGGAUGGCUCAGCAGUUGAUACAGAAUGUUGUUGAUAUAAUGGACAACGCCCACUCUCAGCAACAACAGCUGACUGAGUCCAUGAGCUCCCUCUCCGAGGCCAAGCAGCAGGUAAAAUUCAGUGCUGAGCAGUCCAAGAAAUGUCUGAAAGAGCACUUCAAAUGGCUUGAAGAAAAGGCUCUAGAAAAUCUGAGGAGCAGACUUAAUGAAUUGUUGUCUGAGGUUGACGUGGUAACGGCGACGGCAUUAACUCCCCUGAUGGACUGUGAAGAGAUGUUAAAUUCCAGCAUAUCAGCGGCAGCUAGAAUCAUGGAAGAAGGGAAGAAAAUCUUGGGUAAUAAUCCAAAUGACCAUAUCGAAGAUUUAGUCAAAUUUAAAGACAAUCCUGAUACAAGGCAAUUACAUAGCGUUCCAGAAAUCCCCUGCCUAGCAGAUGUGCCAUACCUUUCUGUUGACAACUUCCACCCUGAUCUAGAAAAGAAACUCCACAAAUUAUUUGAAAAUGAGGGCAGGGUACUAGAAAGGGCACCAGCACAAAUCUCAGAAAUCGAGGAGCGCCCCGGGAGUUUGCUGAUAACUUGGGCAGAGGUGGAUGAUGAGGUUGAGGCUGGUGAGUUCUGCCUCCAGUACUGUUAUGGCAGGGUCCAGUCUAACGAGGACAAGAACAUCACAUUCCACACGGCCUACACAGGCCCCAACACCUUCUGUACUAUACGUCACUUGAAGACAAACACCCCUUACUCCUUUAGGGUCUGCUCCCGACCUGAGGGUGAGGAGAAGUGGAGCAUUUGGAGCGUUCCCAGAACCGCCCACACUACCAUUCCACACUACCAAUGGAACAAUACUACUGAAGGAUACAGUACAAGUAAUGAAGACAAGACAGCCACACGGUUAUCUGAGGGCACAACCCGAGUCUUGUACUCGAGCGACAACAGUUACCGCUGUGGAUUCCCUAUCACAUUUAGGGUGCUGGAUGCUGGAGAGAAGACACCCUUUGAUGGCAUUGGUCUCUCAGCUAAUGAUGAAGACACUGAAACAUUACAGAGAAGCAACUCAAUUUUUGUAGCAACAUCAGGGAGUGUUUUCGUAGAUGGCCAAGAAAUGAAAACAAAACUUCCCAUGCUGACAAGGGGGUCAGCUGCAACCAUAGAAACAGAAGACCUUGGGAAUGGAAAGGUCAGAGUCAGUAUUGAGGUUGAGGGUAAGGCUGUGACCUUUGACUGGAAGGUGGACCAGAAAGCUGAUGUUGGGCGUUUGAUGGGGCUAGGGAUGGGACCGGCCAGCACCUCGGUCUGUCUGUACUUUGGGAUGAAGUUUAGCCAUGAAGACUGGAAGGUUGGAGUGGAAUAAGCUUAAACAGAACCAGUUUAAUGUGUAUUCUAGUCAUUCAAUAUGCAUAAAGAAUUAUUGUUUUGCACAUCAGGAGAAAUAUGGAUCUCUUGUUUGACACUUUGUUGGUGCUUAUUUCAAAAAUACUUGUCAACAGAUUAUUGUUUUUGCAAAUUUCUUACUAUAUGACUAAGUCAUUCAAUUUGUAGUCAUCAUCAAAAUGAUUUCUUUAAAAAAGAUUGUAAAAGGUGUUUAUUUUACACUGUACUUAUCAUUUUUAAAACAAGGGUGAAACACUCUUUCAAAACUCAAGAUAUCUAUAUAUGUUAAAAAAUAAUAUUGUUUAUUUGAAAAAAUAAAGAAAACCAGUGGUUCAAAUAUUGUCAUAUGAGGAUUAUAAAUGCUCAGUAUAUAUUUUAUUUGUUAAUAAUGCAAUGAAGGUGAUAUAGAUGUAUGAUUGAAAUCUAAGUAAUUAUUUUUGAAAUGUGAAGAUGUACAUACGAAAAAUAACCACAGAUACAGUACAAUUGGGGCUCAAAGAUAUGUACAGAAGACUAUUUAUAGUAUCAUGUAUUUUUGCAAUUAUGAUUUUUUUCUUCAUUUAUGUGGAUUCUAUCAAUCUUAUUGAUAUUUCGUAUAUGCUUACAUAUAUGUAUUCUUAUGAUAUAAUGCUUGAACAAAUGUGGAACAAACCAUGCAUAUCUGAUGUCACACCUUCCCCCUCCACCCCAGACAUAUCACCAGAUUUUAACCCAGGCAUGAACUUGAGUUAUCCCCCUUUCCCUGAAUGUAUUUCGUGUGCAGUGGUGUGUAUGUUAAUUAGCAGGCUUUUUAAUGUAAUCUAUUCAUAAUUACCGUAUAUUAAAACUGAAAUAAAUAUGCAAACAAGCACUGAUUGUAACUGAAAAUUGUUUACCUUCUCAAUAAAAAGCUGAUAUCCAUUUUUGUGAAAAACAUGUACAUUUAUAUUGAUCAAAGUAUUGUAUUUUAUAUAGGUUUUAUUGUUAAUGAUUAAAAAAAAUGUUUGAAUCAGGAAUACUGUAGAAUUUGUCUAGGGAAGUUAAUCAAAUAAAAAAAUGUUAACCGGGAGCUCAAGAAAAAUAGAAUUCUUACUUUUCCAAAAUUUUCUUCUUUUGUAUUAACUUGCUUGUAUUUUAGAACAAUUGAUAAAUAUUUAUUCCAGGUUUUUUUUUUUAAUCAUAUAUGUUGAUUUUCGUUUCUUACUUUUCCAAUUUUCUUUGUAAAGUAUUGAUUUGUUUAGUGUAUGAUGAAUUUCUGAUCAUUCUUUAUAUAAGAAUUGAGUGCUGCUAUGCUUGAGGAGUUCAAUCCAUCUGUUAGUUUCUGCUUAUAUUUGCAGGAGGUCUAAAUGCUGUGUAGAUCCCCUAUCAGCUCCUCGGAAUUCUGUCUGUUACUUAAGCAUUUGUGAAUUGCCAGUUAAUUGAAUGUGUUUAUCAGAUGAUUUAGCUGUGGAAAAUGAAGAUGCAUCAGUUUCUCCACUAAAAAAGAGAGGUUUAUACAUAUAUUUUGUCUUACAGACAUUUGUUUGAAUUUUGUUAUUAAGGUAGCUUCUAGGGACCGCCUUAAUUGAGCACCAUUUUAUUAUGUGUGAUAUCCCAAUCUUGGUGACCAAGGGGUAAUUUUAUCUUUGUGAUUUAAUUUGUCUUCCACACAUUUUUCCUUUGUCAUUCUGCAGUGGUGCUAAUAAAUUCAUGUAGCUUAAGCUGGAUGUUAAUAACAGAUUUCUUCAGAAAGAUGUCCUUUGAAUGUGUUUUUCAAAAUAAAUGUAAUAAAAUAUAUAAUAUUAUA